CACUAGUCAGAGCUGGUCCAGACUGACUGGAGAGAGGACGUGCCGAUCCUACUCACUGAGAACAGCUCUCCUCCCCCCACAAGCCGUGCCUGUAGCCGCGUCUUUUUUCUUACCCGAACCAACCAACUCUGAAUUCGCACUAAAUAUGUCUAAUAUCAUCUGUUGUCAAACGCCUCAGAUUAUGAUGUCUGAUCAAGACAGAAUAAGUACAACUCUAUAGCCAACGGGAUCCCGAGGACUUGAUUACAGUCGCUUCAAGCCUGAUAGUUUGUCCGUGCGGCUGCUCCCCAACUCCCUUCCGAUCACGCCACAGUAGUCAACUGGCAUUUCUUCUGACAACUUCCCAUCCUUUACCUGGGCGAAGAAGGCUUAGUUCCAUUGUGACCUCUGUCUGCUUUGCCUGCUGCCAACAUUUGAUUCCACUUCUACAGCAAUUUUGCUAUCUUGGAUUAUACACUAUUAGAAAAAAUCAAACCUACUAAGAUGAUUCCAAACGGUUAUUUGAUCUUCGAGGAUGAAAGUUUCCUUGAUUCCACUGUGGCCAAAAUGAAUGCUCUGAGAAAGAGUGGUCAGUUCUGCGAUGUUCGACUGCAGGUUUGUGGGCAUGAGCUGAUGGCUCACCGUGCUGUUCUGGCUUGCUGCAGUCCCUACUUGUUUGAGAUCUUCAGCAGUGAUAUCGAGCCUCAUGGGGUCUCGCAUGUCACUUUUGAGGACUUGGACCCAGAGGCUGUGGAGAUCUUGCUCAACUAUGCCUAUACUGCACAACUGAAAGCAGACAAGGAGUUAGUGAAGGAAGUUUACUCUGCAGCCAAAAGGUUCAAGAUGGAGAGAGUGAAGCAGAUUUGCGGUGACUAUCUGCUGUCUAAAAUGGAUUCCCAGAAUGCCAUCUCCUUUCGAAACUUUGCAAGUUCCAUGGGAGAUGGCAGAGUUUUGGCCAAAGUCGAUUUGUUCAUCCAAGAUCAUCUGCUGGAAGUUUCUGAACAGGAGGACUUCCUUAAACUUCCCCGCCUUAAGUUAGAAGUAAUGCUAGAAGACAACCUGACCCUGCCCAGCAACGGCAGACUUUACUCCAAGGUGCUCAACUGGGUGCAGCGAAGCCUGUGGGAGAAUGGAGACCAACUGGAACGAUUGAUGGAGGAGGUGCAAACGCUGUACUACUCACCUGACCAUAAGCUGGUGGAUGGAGGGCUGGUGAUUGAGGGGCACAAUGAGGUGUUUGGUGGCGAGGAAGACCACCUUCAGUUUGUGCAGAAGAAACCUGUACGCGAGAGCACCCAGCGACAGAUGAGCUGCAGCUCUUCAGGGAGCCUAUCGCCCUCCAACCAAGCAGCAAAUGCCCCAAAGCACACUGCCAGGAGGGAAUGGAAGUACAUCGCCUCUGAAAAGACCACAAACAACACCUACCUGUGUCUGGCUGUCCUGGACGGUGUGCUGUGUGUGAUCUUCCUGCAUGGACGCAGCAGCCCCCAGACCUCUCCCUCUGCUACACCUUGUCUGAUGAAGAGCCUCAGCUUCGAGGCCCAGCCAGAAGAGCUUGAAGAGCAGCCGCUGUCACCCAUGCACUACGCUCGCUCUGGCUUGGGCACUGCAGCCCUGAAUGGGAGGCUCAUUGCAGCAGGUGGCUACAACAGAGAGGAGUGUCUGAGGACUGUGGAGUGUUACAACCCCAAUGAGGACCACUGGACCUUCAUUGCACCCAUGCGGACUCCAAGGGCUCGUUUCCAGAUGGCUGUGCUUAUGGGUCAGCUGUACGUGAUUGGAGGUUCGAAUGGUCAUUCUGACGAGCUGAGCUGUGGAGAGAUGUACGAUCCACACGCUGAUGAGUGGGUUCAAGUGCCAGAGCUGAGGACCAACCGCUGCAACGCAGGUGUCUGCUCCUUGAACAACAAACUCUACGUUGUGGGAGGGUCGGACCCCUGUGGGCAGAAGGGCCUGAAGAACUGUGAUGCUUUUGACCCUGUGACCAAAACCUGGGCCAACUGUGCCUCCCUAAACAUCAGGAGGCACCAGGCAGCAGUGUGCGAGUUGGAUGGCUUCAUGUACGUGAUUGGAGGGGCGGAGCUGUGGAACUGCCUGAACACUGUGGAGCGCUACAACCCUGAAAACAACACCUGGACUCUCAUUGCCCCCAUGAAUGUGGCUCGCAGAGGCGCCGCGGUAACUGUCCAUGCAGGAAAACUGUUUGUUGUUGGCGGUUUCGAUGGAUCCCACGCUCUCCGCUGCGUGGAGGUCUACGACCCCGCCCGCAACGAGUGGCGAAUGCUGGGCAGCAUGACAUCAUCACGGAGCAACGCGGGCGUGGCCAUGCUGGACGGUACCAUCUACGCAGUGGGCGGCUUCGACGGCAAUGAGUUUCUGAACACCGUGGAGGUCUACAACCCCGAGACAGACGAGUGGAACGACUGCAGCAAGGCCUCCCCCCUCUCCGACUGAGGCUGAAGACGGGGGAGGGCGCAGGAGGGAGCGUGGGAAGGGUGUUGGGGAGUUUCACAGUGCUUCACCAUUUUCCAAACUAACAGGCUUAGUGACGUAAUCGUGUUUCGUGAUGUUCUGUGUGUGUAUGAGCGGAUACGUGUGGGUGGGGACUGGGCUACGACGGGCUGAGGGGUCUUCAGUGAAGACUGGCUUAUCUUUGGAGGGGUGGGUAGGGACGAGUUGCCCAAAGCAACAUGACGCCUUUGCAUAUUGCAUACAAUUUUUCCCCCCCCCCCCCGUGCUGUACAUAUUUUGUUUCUUCUUUCUUUUUUUGUCAUAUGCCAACAUUUACGACACAUUUAGUGCUUUUCAUUUAGAGUUUUGAAGUUUGUCAUUUGAAGGGGUUUCUAGCGUUGACUGUAAAUAAAGGACGGACUAACGUCGCCCAUAGCGUUCUGAAAUCUUGUUUUGCUUCCAGCAGGACGUCUCCAUAUUGAACACUUGAAACCAGGUGUAAAUGAGAUCGAUCAAACCUGUCACGUGACCGCAUCACGUGGACAGAGGAGGCGCUGCGAUAGGGUGAUUUAUGCAAAACUUUAACUCGUAAAAUAAAAUCACACACGACUUAUAUGAAAUCGGUGUCUGGUCAAGCCGGCAUGGUUGUGAAAACUAGUGACAGAGACCAAAACGUGUUUUGAAACCAGGCUUUAAUAUGUUCAUUUGCACUCUCAAAUUUGGCAUUUUUGACUGGGUUCCGAUGGGACUCGGGUUCAUUUUUGAAACCAAAUUCAUCCCUCCCUUCCUCCUUCCCGCUGGAAUUUCCCUGGAAUUGCAGCUUUUCUGCACUUCCACACUGACUUCACUUUUUACCACAGGAGGUUGGCGCCUGGUUUCUAGAUGAGCUGCCACUACUGGUCACUGGAAUAGUGGCAAUAUGAAGUGCUGAUAAUUAAAAUGUUUAAGGAUAUUUCUGAGGUGGAAAUUUCUUUUGCUCACAAAUUUAAGGUCAAUGGAUUAAAGCCUUACUCAGUGUUAGAGUUGAUUCAUGGCGUUUUCUUUUUCACACACUGGAUUGCUUAUUGAAUCCUAAACGAUGGCCUUUUUUAUAUUUUUAUACACUGCUGGUUUACCAGCAAAAAGAAAAGUAGUAGCAGAAAGCUUAAGUCAAUGAAUAUAACCAGUGCCAGAUUUAGGUUUUUUUUGUUUUGUUUUAUUUUUUGGUGCACAAAUCACACACGCACAACCAUGCUUCUGCUAACCAAACUUUUAUUGUGAUUUAACUACUUGAUGUAUGUAGAAAUGCAGUUUUCUGAAGAUCCUUUUUUUUGUGUGUGUUUUAAAGUGUCAGGCAUUGGCAGACUGGAAGGAAUGUAGAGCAAGAUAAUUAUCACAUUUGUUACAUUUCUUUUGAUUAUUAAAUCAUUUAAAUCUGA